AUGAGUAAACCACAACGAAGGAAAGGAAACGCGAAGAAUGCGAGCAGCUCGGCGGCUCACGCGUAUCUAUCGGAUACCGGCGCUACAUUCAUCGGGUUGACGCCAGAAAUGAACAUUUUUGAGUUUGCCAGUAGCGCUGUCGACAAUCAUAAUCCGCUCGACGAUGAGGCCCGAAUUGUUUUGAGGAAGCUAGUGAAAAAAGACUCGAGUACACGGGAAAAAGGUCUACGCGAGUUGAUCACGUUUUUAAACGAGCACAACGACUGUAUUGAAUCAUGCUACCAACAUUUUUAUGAAAUUGUUGAUAGAUUAUCUACAGAUGGUAGUCCAACUGUACGACUGCUCACAAUGAAGGUGGUUUCAUAUUUUAUCACGAAAUUGAAAAAAUCUGCGGCAAAAGGAUUGAAGAAGAUAUUGCCAAUGGUCCUUUUCGAGCUGUGCGAUGUGAGCAACAGCGUGUGCGCCGCCGCUGACACUGUUCUCCGCGAGAAUUUCGCGUCUGAAGAGCGCCGCCAGAACGCCAUCGACAUGUUCGGACCAUCGUGCGUCGAGUUGUGUGUGUCGCUCGCCACUCAGUCUCACGAGCUCUGCAAUCCGGCCAAAUAUGACGCCGAGGAGCUCGUCGAGCAGAGAAGAGUGCGGCUUGAAACGCAGGCGCUCAACGCGAUCAACAGAAUCGCGACUAUGACGAAGAAGCGCGACGGAUGGAUGGAGUGCGCGAGGAAGUUGUUCGAAAACGCGAGUUUUGUCAAGAAAACACUUUCUAGUGAUAAAAACAAUCUUAAAACGGGUCUCGUCACGCUUUGCCUAAUGUUCCCAAAUCAUGUCGAAUUGAUGCUCAACUCGCCGAUUGCCCAAUGGAUUCUGGCGUCGCUGGAUUCUGAAGUCGGCGUCAUCUGUGAAGCCGCUUGGAGUGGACUCAUCGUACUUCUAGCUGAUAAAUCUACUUUUGCGAAGCUCUCGCUGCAAAAAGCGAUACUUCCUAGAAUUCUUUUUGCUAUAAGAAAAAAGAAAGAGCACUGGAAAGAAAUGGGACGACAUUUGUUGCCGUGCGUCGCUUCACUUCACGAGCAAUUCCAGGAGGAUCACACUGAGACGAAAUCGCUUGCCGCAAUCAUUGAGAGCUUUUUGGAUAAUUUGCCAUUUGACGCGAGCGUUCCGCAAAUUGUCGUCGAGAAUUGGGCGACGUCGUUUGUCGAAGUCACCAAAUGGGUUUUGAGCUCGCCGAAAGUCAAUCGAGACAUUCUCGACACACUCAUUCCAACGAUUUCCAAAAUGGCUCAACAAUCAUCGACGGAGAACACCGUUGCCUCGUUGAUUCAUUGGAUUUUUGAAAAGAGCGCGAUUUCGGAUUCAGAAGCGAAAACGCUUUGCGAUUUGCUGGAAUCGGGGGCGCAUCACGAUUUGUUCUAUGAGCAGCUCCUCCAGCCGGGCAAACACGUUCAACUGUGUACGAUUCAUGCGUCAUUGAUCAAUAAAUCGGAAAACGCGAAAUUUUAUGCGUUGAAAUCGCUGAAAAAUUCACAAUCUGAAUAUUUUAAAAAUGUCGUUGAGAAAAUCACGAAUCACUCUUUAAUUGAGCCGAUCGCUCGUUGGAAUUCCGCUGAAGCAGAAAUUAUCGCCGAUUUGAUUGAGAGAUUUGUCAAUAUCGGGCAUUCGGAGAAGAUUUCGCUAAAGAUUGAAAACAAUGAUGUUUGUCGCGCAUUGUUCUUGAAAUCGUCGAAAAACACCGAAAUUUGGAGGCGUUAUUUCGAAAAUCGUCAAGAAUCGACGGACGUCAUCCAGAAUAUGCUUGAGACUUGGAAACUUAAAGGAGAUGGUGCUUCGGUGGCAGCAACAACCGAUUUGAUUCAUGAGAAGAAUUUGAACAUCAAAACGGAUCUUGUCGCGAACAAUCUUGAUUAUAUUGUCUCGAUACUGAAAUCGUCAGAAAACCUUGAUGCUGAAAAUGUGAACCAGCUUUGCCUUCACGCCUUCUCUUUGCUUUUCGUCGAAGACGUUUCGGCGACUUCUGACCAUUACGCGACGAUUGCGGCGUUCAUCGAUCCGUCACUGAUACCGUCGACGUUUUUCCACGAAUUGACGUCGCAGAAUUUCGAUAUUUUUUGGCUUGUCGAAAUCGCGUCGAGAUUUGACAAGUUUUUGGCGAAAUGCGACGAAUCGACGAGAGAUGGUGUGCGAAAUCGCGUUCAAAUUCAGAAAAACGACAUUUCUCAAUUGAUUAGCGAUUUUGAAUUUAUUAUCGUUGAUGGUCUUCUAUAUUCGUCAAAUGUGCCCAAAAGUGUUCCGCAGAAGACGAAAGCACGGAAGAUGGGCGGUUGUGAAGCUUACGAGCGGAUUCUGAAGGCUUCAAACCUCGCCGUUUUGAAUUUGGCAGGCUCCAAUUCGAGUGAAUUGGCUCAUGGUUUUGCGGCGGCGAUUCUCGCCAUCGCUGAAUACUGCCGAAAACGCUAUCCGUUCAUCGAGCUGCAUGAGCGAAUCGCGCAAAAUUUGAACGAAAUCGCGUUGAAAUUGAGUUCGCCGCUAGUUCAACGUGCGUUCGCAACGAUUUCGAGCGAAUUUCCAUGGUUCGACGUGCUCUCGGCGGGACCAUCGAGUUGCGAGUUUCGAUUUGCGACGGAUGAGACGAACCAAUUUGUGGAGAAAUGUGUUGAAUGUGACGGAAUCGAAUUCCUUGAGUUUGUGCUCAAUCUCAAUCAGCAGAGCCCUUUGGAUAUCUUCACGAUUGCCGGGUCAUCUUUGGACAAUUUUAUUCGAAACUAUCUGGUAUUAAAGCGAAUUCGCGAUGUUUCUGAGAAGUUGCUCGAUGAGCAACAAAUUCCGAAUAAGGAAUUGGUCGAUUUCCUGUUGUGCGGUGUGAUCACGAUGCUCCAUAGUGUGAAUGAUUUUAUUGAUGAUGUCGAGACGAGCCCGGAAGUCGAGUUCUCGGCGGCGAUUUGUUUGGAGAUUUUCGCGAAAAUUUCGGCGUCGACUAAAAAUCGAGACGACUCGCCGAUGAUUGUUGAAUGGGUCGAGUUCUACUCGCCGACGAUCAUCCAAUUGGUGUUCAAUUGGUUGCCGCACGUGAAAUCGACGAGCGCGCCGUCGCCAUUCCUUCACUCGAUGUGGUUGGCGUUGAACGCGAUCAACGAGCUUCCGGACCUCGAGAGCCAUUCAAUGUUCAGCUUUGUUCCCGAAUUGGACGCGUUCAACUAUUUGCCGCCUCAACAAUUCGUCAUUGAGAAUGCGUUCAAUUUUUUGAAGCAGGACCUCGAGGAAAUCCAGAUUAUUGGUUUGGUUUUGGCGAAAUUGCUCAUGCCAUUGAUGUUCAAAAACGAGAAUUCGAAGCGAUUGGCGAUGGAAGUUGAAGAAUCGGCGAUUGAAAUGGAGUCGUUGAAGAUCCAGAUUCCUUAUAUAAUUCGAAAAACGCUUGAAGAGGCUUCUCGUUGGACGACGACUAUGCUUUUUGACGUUUGCUUGGUGCCUUUUGAUAUGGAUUGUUUGACGACAUCGCCGGAAAACCGUAUGGCUUACUGUGAUACGCUGGCCACCGUAAUCCGGCCUUGUUUGGAGGCGGUACUUAUCAAUCAACCGCAAGUUAUUCCGAGAAAUCAGGAGAAGGAGUAUUACACGAUGCCCGACAUCACACCUUCAACGAAAUUCUAUGAUAAAUAUGUUGCCAAUUUGUUGUUCAGAAUUUUGUCGAGAAUCCCGGCGGCAGCAAGACUUUGGUAUAAAUCGUUGCCAACGAAUGCGGCGAGUAUUGUUCAUGACACGAUUCAGCGUCAUGUCAGCCGUCUUUUAAUCGAUUAUGAGCUUGAAAAGGUUCGAAUGAAUAGUGACAAGAAGAAAAAUGCGGAUUUGAAAAUUCGAGUAAUUCCGGUUUCGGGCGAAGUUGUUGCUGAAUAUACGGUCGAUGAGACGACGAUGCGAUUGACGAUCGGAUUGCCGGCGGAUUGGCCGCUGACGGUGCCUUCGAUUCAAUUGGAUAAGGCGAUUGUGAAGUCGGAUCGCGCCAAGAAAUGGCUUCUUCAACUCACUGCCUAUUUGUUUCAUCAGAAUGGUUCGACGGUUGAGGGCAUCGAAAUGUGGCGAAAGAAUGUGGAUCGCGAUGUUGAAGGAGCCGAAGCUUGCUGUAUCUGCAUGAUGACGAUUCAUUCGACGACGCACCAGAUGCCGAGGGUGAAAUGCCGUCAAUGCAAGAACAAAUUCCACGCGAACUGUUUGUACAAAUGGUUCGAGUCGAGCAAUCAGUCGUCGUGUCCGCUUUGCCGCGCGAGUUUCACCUAA